AUGACAAAUACAUGUUAUAUGAUAUCAUCAUCACCAUUAUUAUUAGAAAUAUUAAAAGAACUUUCAUACGUAUCAUCAUUAGAAAUUGAGAAACAUACUUUAUUACCAUUUCUUAAUAAUCAUCAAUUAUGUGAAUAUUUAAAUAGAAAGAUUAAAACAUUAGAUAUAUCUAUUAAUUUCAUUGAUUAUCCUAUUACAUCGAAUGAAGUGGAUUUGAUUUGUAAAACAUUUUCAAAUUUCGAACAACUUCAUUGUUAUAUGGGAGAACUCGAUAAUUUAUUAUCAAUAUUGAGACAAUGUUUAAAAUUAUCAAUAAUAAACAUCCAACCUAUUAGUGAAGAUAUAUAUAUUCAUGCAUGGUAUAAAACGGUGACAUGACAGUUGAGCCCCCAUUAAACAGGAGAUUAAAGAGUACAAGAAAAUAAUUUUUUUUGAAUAAAUUUUGGGAGGUGAAUCGUGCAAUGUUGUUGCACUAUUUCUAAUAUUUGAUUUAAAUUUCAUUGGCG